CGAUCUUUCGCAAACCGGGUGUCACUUUUGGGCGUUCCGACUACUCGACAGAACCCGUCUUCUCCGCGCAGGGCCUCUCCGGGCUGAUGUCCGGCCUGAUCACGUCGCUGCCGUCGAUGCUGACCAACGCGGUGCCCAUGCUGCUGAUGCUCGGGCUGGGCGGCCUCCUGCUUCCACUUCUGGGCGUGAGCCUGUUCUUCCGCGAGGGCCAGAAGAGGACCUUCAGCCUGCCGUCCAUCAACCCGGCCAUCCUGGACGGGCUCGCCGACGUGCUCGACCGCGUCACCAAGGCCAUCGAGCAGGGCGAGAAGAAGUACGCCACCAAGAACAACUGAGGGGGAAGAGGGGCGCCACCCUCCCGCUCCUCCUGGACGUCACGCAACCACCGCCACCUCUGUAAAUAGGACGCUGCCAAACUCUCCCUCAUGUACAGUUCCUGUCCGAAAAAACGACCGUGCCUCCCGACAGACUAACUCCGUGUCCGCGUCUUCAUCUGGCUUCAAGAGUGACGGGUGACGUCGCCUUCCAGCCGCCGCCCCGUUCCUGCCUCAUCUCUCGUUUGUGCCUGAAGCCUGUCGCUCGCCACCCGCGCUCGCGCUGUGCGCGUCCGGUGCUUUGCGUAUUUUUUUUUCCAGAUUGCUCAUUCCACCUCGUCACGUGUUCCGUGUGCCGCCCUCGAACUCGUUUGCCCGUGUUUUGCCGGCGUCUAGCGGCCUGCAGUCGUGUGCUCUAUCGAUAAUCGCGCUGUUUGUUUGUCUAUUGUUAAGAGCUCCUUCGUGUGAUUCAACGCGCGUAGGUAAUUUAUUAGUCGUAGACCUCGGUGCGCUGGCGACGUGCUGCGGCUCUCGCUAAGCACGCUUUUCCGAAACAACGGGAAACAGCAUCAAUAUCGAAGCAACGACACCUUCAGGGGCAACUUCCAGUUCAUACUCACUUUGUGUCGUCGCAGGCGAUAUUUUUUUAAAUUCUUUUUUUGUCUUCGUUUGUCGUGCUCUUCAUUGAUAUGCCGCUUGUGUGUUUAAUGACUAGCAUAUAGCUGUAGUUUGUGUUUUGCAAAAAAGUGAUCGAGAAAAAAAAACUUGAGUGCGCAUUAUUUAUUGGUGCUUUUGUCUUUUAUGUGUGCAUAUUCUGUACGUGUGCAAAUGCUCGAACUGUGUGUUGUCUGUUGUUGUUUCGAUUUGUUUGUAGCAAUUAAAGAGAAAUCUGCAGUGAG